AUGGACCUCGCUAUAAGGCUCGACUCCGCGCUCAGAAGUCUGGCGUUGACUUCGGCGAAACGUAUUCGCCAAACGCGGUAUGAAACGGCACGAUUCCUGCUAGCCGUUUCCGCCGUCAAGAAGAUGCACCUCAAGCAGUUUGAUGUCAAGACUGCAUCCCUAUACGGCUUGCUCUCGGAGAUGGUUUUCAUCGAAGAACCGGAUGCAUUCAAGGACGGAUCUGGCAGAGUUUGCCGUCUGAAACGAGGACUCUACGGUUUACGUCAAGUCCCUCGAAGGAAAGCUUCCGGUCUGAUUAUAGUAACCGUCCACGUUGAUGACGGGUUGGUCCUAUGUGACAGCGAGGAAGUCAGUCAGCAAUUCAUGGAUGCUCUUCAGAGCGAAUUCAAGAUCACCACAGGAGACCUCAGCAAUUAUCUCAGUAUUUGUAUCGAGCAUCAUUCCCUGAUCAACCUCAGCUUCACCUACGAGACAUCGGAGAGGCCUGGAAGCUUGCUGCGCAAGAUCGACUACGGUGCUCUUUUGUCGGAGAUAGACGAGGUGGACUGGUCCCCUGUAUACCAGGCCCAGGAUGCCAACGCGAAAUCAGAUCAACUGCUGGACCUGCGCUACAACCAUCAACAACUUCUCCACCCUUUCACUGAUCACGAAUCGUUUACGUCCAAUCAGAGAGUGGAUGACACCAGUGCCCGCCUCCGGAGGCUACUCAGGCUCGCGAAGGAUGAGUACUACUCGGCGAAAUUCAAGGAGGUUGAGGGAUGCGCGGCCGGCUCAUGGAGAAUUAUAAAUUCUUUCUUUCGAGGCAAAACUAGAUCGACGAAGCUCAAGCCUGAUACUGUGGGUCUGGAUGUAAACGGAAUCAACGAGUUCUUCGCGCAACUGGGGAAACGCACAGUGGAAACGGCGAUUGGACAUGCGGCGGGCCUCGAUGGUAUCCCGGGCAGAUUCAUCAAAUUAUGCCAUGAAACCCUUGCGAAACCCGUCAACGAUCUCAUCAAUACAAUCUUCUCCACCAACGUAUAUCCUAGAAACCUCAAAACCUCUCUGCUCCAUCCUAUCUACAAAUCAGGCCCCCAAUCGGAUCUCAACAGCUACAGACCUAUUUCAUUAUUACCUAUUGCCAACAAAGUAGUGGAGAGAAUCAUGGCUGAACAGAUCGUCACAUUCCUGGAAGAAAAUGAUCUGCUUUCGAGUAAUCAACACGGAUUCCGGAGAGGACGUAGCUGCGAACAAGCUGCCCUCAUACUUUCUGACUAUAUAGCGGAUGCCACGGACAGGGGCCUACACUGCGUCGCUAUUUUCUGUGACAUCAGCAAAGCCUUCGAUUCGAUCAACCAUGAGCGCCUGUUAAUCAAGCUGCAACGGAUCGGCUUCAGGGGAGCAUCGCUUGAACUCCUGCGCUCCUAUCUGUCCGAGAGGAAGCAAGUAUUCGGGGACGGGAACAGCUGGAGCGACCCUCAUGAGGUGGAAAUGGGCGUACCUCAGGGAUCAGUACUCGGUCCAAUACUUUUCUCCAUUUUCGUCAACGAUCUCCUGACCUCGGCCGACGACACCUGUGUAGUAGCUUUUGCCGAUGAUACUACCCUCUUGUGCAGACAUGAGAAUGCCCGG